AUGAUUUAUAUAAACUCUUUUUUUUGUUUAAUAACAUUAAUAAAUGUAGUUCAUUGUAGAAAAAAUGCUGAAAACUCAGAAGAUUCCAAAAUCGCCAAGGAUUCCAAAAUCAACCCUAUCAAUAUAGAAUACUUCGAAUAUGAAUUCCCAAUAAACCACCAUGUAAUUCCAUUCUCAUACACUUUUGAGAAUCUAGAGGAAAAAAAUUCAGUAAAAUCAGAAGAAUCACAAAAUGACACGGAAGAUUCCAGUACUGAGAACAUAAAUAACAUGAAUUUUGGCCAUACAGAGAAUCCAUACACCUCCUACUCCUUCAUUAGAAGCCACAACAUUUCCAAAUCAUGCCCACUGGAUGAUAAUUUGUUCAGUAAUAGGAUAAGCAAAUUCUCAAGAUUUGGAUCAGGAAGAGAACAAGGUUACCCAGAUUUAAACCAGGAGGUGAUCAGAUCACACUAUAAAAGUGAUAAACUGAGAAUACACUCUGUAGACGUGGACCAGGAUAAAAGACAUUUGGAACAGUUCCAAAUCACAGCACUACCGUCUCUUUUGUUAUUUGUUAGAGGAAGUUUAUUCAAGAAAUUAGUAGGGCUCGUUGAUGUUAAAACAUUAAUUAAGGAAAUCGACAGUUCAUUAGACUCACUAUAA